AUGCAGAAAACUAAAAUACUUUUUUCAAUUUUGCUUCUUUUUGAAGCGGCGAAUGGUAAUGAUCUUCCAUCGAAUUUCCGCUUCCAGAGCGACAAAAUGAAACAGUACUUCAAGGAUGUUUACCAACGCGGAAAUUUCAAGAAACACUUCACGAACCCGAUGUUAAAAGCGAACAUCGACCAGCCAGACCUCCAAAAAAUCGCGUUGUUGAGGAAAAAAUUCACGAAACCGACUACAAAUAAUGUUCUUGGUCGAAUGGCAAAGGUUGGCAAACUUUCUGCUCUACAAAAAGAUCCAACUCUUCACAACUUUUUGGAAGAAAGACAGAAGCAAUUACGGCUAGCAAAAGCAGCGAACUGUCUUUUGGUCAAAUCGUCUUUCUGUAAACAAAAGAUGUACCAGUUUGUUCAUCCUGUUUAA